CCCUCAUUGACCGUCGCCUUAUCUGUGAGAUGCCCUCACUCACUCCCUCACUGCUUCUCUUCAACAGCACCUCCCUCCCACCGUCACUUCUCAUCAACCGGACCGCUGUGAAUAUCGGGUGCAGUCAGGCUGUCAGGGGCCUCCUCUAACGAGGCCUCAGGAGAGCCACCACCAGCACCACUUCCCCCUCCCUCAAGUUCGCGGCUCUCGAGGUCGUCUGUCGCCACGUUGGCCAUCUCUUCUCCUGACUGAGGCUGCUGCACCACAUUGCCCGCCAUUGUGCUGACCUCCGUGUCCUCCUGCGCGUCGGGCUCUCUGCGCAUCAUCGGCAUGAUCGUCCGCGCGUCCGGCGGCGGCACCUGGUGUCGGUCGUCGCUGCUCUCGUGCUUGCUCUUCUUCUUGAUCUUCAUCUUGAAAGGGUUGAACGACGACACACCCAGCCCGCCGCCGCCACCGCCCUUGCCGCCCCCACCAAGUAUGCCCAUCCCGCCGCCCCGCUUGUCCUUCCCAGACCCACUUGAAGGCUUGUGCGCCACGCUCACGCGAUAGGCCUGUGGGUGUGGGUCGGUCUCCUUGACGAGAUUGGCGGCGAUGCGGCCAGUCUGUGGGGGCGUGCGGACGUUAUGGUGCGUUGACGGGGCUGAGUCUGGCUUGGGAAUGGACACGGGGAUGGCGUCAGCAGGGCCUUUGUCGCUGCUGGGGGAUGCCAUGGGCUGCGCGUCGAGCGAUGGGUGGCCCUCGGGGGGGUCAGGAGUAGGUGGGUGUGUUUGUGAGUGGGUCUUCGGUUUCUCCAGCUCUCGCUUGACGUGCCGCAUGGCGUCCUCCACCUUCUGUCUAGUGAUCUUAAGCGAUGCCACACACUCCUGGAAACGAACCAACUGACACACCAAAACAACCAACAAACCACACGUGCAUGUGUGUGUGUGUGUGCGUCUUUCCUCCUCGUCCAUCGUGUUGCUCACGUCGAUUUCCUGGUAGUGCCUCGCCGAGGAGGACGACAGCAGCUCCAUGCACUGGUCGUGGCUGCCUUUCUCCAGAGCGUCGCUGAAGUAACACAGCAGGCCCAAAGCUGUCUGCACAUCCACGCAGGCAGAGACGAAGACACGGAUAUACCUCCCAUGCGGCAGCGUGGCAGCGAUUCGUUCCUCUCGUUUCUCACCUGGUAGAGAAUCGUGUCGCCCUCAGCAAGAAAGCUGUCCCACACACGCGCAACUAAAGCGAAUGGCAACGACCUGACACCCAUAAAACACACAAGAGGGUGUCCAUCCUGGCCGGUUUUCGCUGCCUCUGCGCACCUCCCCACCCACGCACCUUGUGAAGAGGGUGUAGAGCCACUCGACGAGAAACAUGUCCGAGUUGAGGCCGCACUGGUGCAGCUUCAUGGCCACCCACGGCAGCCGCUCCUUCAUCAGGUGGUCGAAGGUGCGGAAGUACACGUCCACAAUCGACAUGUCGAACGUGUAGAAGGCGUGCAGAGACCGACGCAGCUGGAGAUACACACACAUAGACACGCACACACCCAAACACACAGAUGGGGUGUCAUGCAGACAGGCGUUCCCCCCUAUGCCCUUCCUAUACUGACCAUGAGGUUGGCGAAGCACACGAAGGCCGAGUACUCGUCCAUGUGCAGCAGCAGCAUGGCAGCUAGGUAGGCCAUCCCCUGCACGUACCCCAGGUCAGGCCGCCACAGCACAUACGUCUCCAGCACCGUCCUCAGGUGCUCGUGCAACACGCCGUCAUGCGGCACAGCAAAGGGCAGCGGCUGCACGCCGGGAUGGCCGGGGUCGCCAUAUGCCACCCCCACACGCUUUGCCCUCUCGGGCGGCCGCACCUUGUCCCUCUCCUCAUCGCCCCUCGUGUCCAUUUCGGUCAUCUCGACACCAUGCUCACCCACCCGAGCCACGCCCCUGUUGCGCAUGCGGCCCCGCCUGCCUCUCGCCCCCUGCUGCUCUCUCGACUGUGAACUAGCGGCUGGCGAUGCGGCCGAGUGGGGUGAGGGGUCGUCAGACGGACUGAGAGAGGAGGGGGAGGCCGAGUCGCUCUCGUCUUGCUGGACCGUGAUGGUCAUGGACCCGUCUCCCGCGCCCUGAUCGUCGGGCGGUUCAGGGGUGGGUGUGCUGCCUGCCGCCUCAGCUGCAUCGGUGUCUGUCUGUGACUGUUUGCGGAAGACGCCCAGCCGCGGGAGUGUGCGGUUGAGGUCCAUGCCGAUCAUCUCAAAGGACGAGAGGAUCUCGCUCUCGUAGAAGACACAGCUGUGGUCGGGCCGCACGCCGCCCGUCUGGCUCCCCACUGCCGUGGCAGAGGGGUCAGGGACGAUCUCGUCCUCUCUGCUGGCCCCUGCCGCCUCGGCUGCCGCCUCGGUCUCUUCGCUUCUGUCCUCCUCUUGCUGCUGCUGUCUUGAUGCCGCGUUGACCGUUUCGUUGAUUUUGUCUCGGUAUCGCUUGGAUACCUUCAUCAUGAAGUCGCGGACCUUCUCGACACGCCCCAGGAGGAUGCGGUAGAGCGUGGGUGUGAUCUGCAGCUUGUUGCCGAUGCACUUCUUCCACACCUCGCCCCGGAUCUCCUGCGGGAGGCCCUUGCGGAUGAGGGAGGCGAAGAGCUUGGGGUUCUCGUGGCGGUAGGCGUCGAACUCGGGAAGGAUCUUCUCCACCCACACAUCGACCUCCUCCAUGGGCCCCAUCGUCCUGGGCCGAUUCUGACGACAAGCAACAACACCGGCCAAACAGACACUCAUGAGAGCGGGCAUCCAUUCCAUUCGUUCUGUCCUGUCCUGUCUGUUUCCCCCUCUCACGCACCUUUCCUCCUCCUUUGAAGAAAGACUUCCACGAGUGUCCCUGCAUCAUGGCCCGGCCGAUGUCAGACGCAGGCAUCCCCAUGGCAGUCAUGGCGCUCGUCCACACAGACGACAUGGCCCCCUCAUCCUGCCUCUCGCCCUCGGCUGCCGCAGCCGGGCCAUCGGAUGCAGGGGGCGGUGAAGGGGAUUGGGGGGCCGCCGGUGCCGCCGUGUCGCCGGGAGGGAUGGCGAUGAGUGGCGAGUCGGUCUCAGGCGGCUUGGGGGCUGGAGGUGGAGGUGGGGGUGCGGGCAUGGUGGGCAUGAGAUGGAGGUGGUGGUCCUUGCGGUACUUGCGGCCCGUCAGGGCGAGCAGCUCGUCUGUGUCAUCGACCACAGAUUCCUGCAUACACGACAGCACAAGACGACAGACGGAAUCCAUGGUCACGCGAUCAGCCGUAUCCCUCUUCCUUUCACCCACCAAACUACCCACCCCUGCGUCGAGGAUCGUCCCGCUGUCGCCAUCGUCAGCACCGGCUCCGAAAAAGCCAUAGCCGCGGCCUCCCUUGUAGAGCGCCCCAAAGCUCAAGUACGACUUGUCCUUGGCGCCGCUGACCUUUCUCUGGGUAUCAUGUGCUCGAGUGCCCUCGACGCUGCUGCUGCGGCUCACCCCGCCGUCCUUGUCAGCAUCGCCGGACUCGACGCGAUGCCUGCUGGAUGUGGGUGUGGCGGCAGGCUCCAUGCUGGCGAUCUGCGCCCUGAGAGUCUGUAUCUCGUCCAGAAAGACCUCCUCGUUGAUCUUCUUCUCGUGGAGGACCCUCCGGUAAGCGUCGCCCCACCUCUCGUUCUGCUCCCUGGCGUCCUCCAGCUCCUGCGCCAGUGAAACCUUCUCAUUCGCCAGCUUGACGAUAUCCGACGACAUCUCCUGCAUAUCCUUCUCCUACAUCGAUGAAGGACACACACACACAUACACAAUCACACGGCAGCCGUGGGAUAGGUGCGUGCCGUCUGUUCGUUGGCCGACAUCUAUCUACUGACCUGUCUGAGUUUCUGCUCCUGCAUGCCUGCCACAGCCAGCUUGGUCCUGAUCAGCUCAUUGAGAUGGUUGUCUGAACCGCCCUCACACAUCGACAGCGACUGCCGCAUGCUGACGGGAGACGGGCCGGGCUGCGCUGCAUCGACUCGAGGAGGGGGAUUCCAUCCAGUCACGCGCCCUGGCGCCGGCGGCAGCGACCGAGGCGGAACCGCUGGCUGUGUGUGUUGUUGUGCAUCCAUCUCGGACGACUCGGCGGUGUCCUCUUGGGAUCCUGGCGGAGGAAAGAACGGUCUUGCGCGGCCGUAGCCCCUCAUUUGGCUGCCAGAUUUGUUGCCUUUUUUUGGCUUUCGC